CCCAAGUUAGAUUACAUGGGUUCUGGGCAAGCCCUUAUGUGUAUAGAGUGAAAUGGGCAGUAUGAGUACAUAGAAGAGGAUCUUUCCAACAAAAGUCCAGCCCUUUUGGGGUAUAAUCCGGUCCACAAGAAGGUCCCGGCGCUCGUCAUGGAGGAAAGCCGGUGGUCGAGUCAAGCGUGAUCCUGCAAUAUAUCGAUGAAACAUGGCAGAACCGACCGAUCCUUAUCAGAGGGCCGUUGAACGUUUCUGGAUUGACUUUGGACAACAGAAGGGCCUCGUGAAUCAACUGGGAAUCGAAUUGCCAUCGCCCCAACCAUCCCUCAACCAGCAAGAAUGUCAUUAGAACAACCAACUAAAGUUAACAGGAAAGUAACUGCUGAUAGUUUGCAGCUAACUUGUUCCUGCGUGAAUGCCAUUAAUGUAUGAAAAAUCUGGAUCACAUCCACGUGAAUAGCUCUGAAGUUUUCCUAUAAAUUGGACCAACAAUUGUUUUGAACAGACACAGUAGAGGCUUUAGCUUUCAGCCAUUGAUGAACUGUAAGCUCUCUGAGAAUGCAUUUGCUUUCGACUGUGAUCUUCCUCUGUUUCACAUUUAGCAGCGUCUUGACACAAGCUAGGGGAGGGACGUCUGCUGUCGUCGUCGGGACCGUUUACUGUAAUAACACAUGCCUGGGCUUUGCUGAAUCCAUUCCAGGUGCAUCCAUUGCUGUGGAAUGCAAGAAUUUGAGCUCGAGCUUAGCCCCAAACUUCCGACAGAUAUUGAAGACCAACAAGGAUGGAAAUUUCAAAGUUCAUCUCCCUUUCUCUCCCCAAAAACAUGCCAAGACUAUAAAGCAAUGCUCAGUCAGACUAAUCAGCAGCAAUAAGCCCUUGUGUGAUGUACCUGCAAUGGCUACUGCUGCUGCUUCGUUCCAUCUCCUGUCAAGAAAACAUGGAACACUAAUUUUCUCGCCAGGUCCUCUCACAUUCAGGCCGUUCAAAGAUAAUCAAGCAUGCGAUCAGAAACCAACCACCAUCAAUUUUAAGAAAUCGAAGAAUGCUCAGAACGAGCUGACCCCAAUUCCAAAUCAAAACGAAGAAACUGCGCAAUUGUUGGACCGUAAGGCUGAUCAGCCAUUUACGCCCCCGCAAAUUCCUCAAAAUCCAUUCUAUCCGCCAUAUACUUUUCCUCCCAACCCAUUCCAGCCGCCGACGUCUUCUCUUCCACCAAACCCUAAUUUUCAGCCUCCGCCUUCGGGAUUUCCUCCAUUUUUCCCUUCACCAGCAAUACCUAGUCUGGUUCCACCUCCGCCGCCGCCCCGGCCAUCUUUUCCUUUUCCGUUCCCACCGUUUCCCUUCCAGCCAACGCCUGGCUUUCCCGGAGCGCCGCCGGCUGAGGCUCUUUUACUGUCUCCUUGAUCAUGGAGCAACAGGGCUACUUGGCUAAUGAGUAAUGACUACUGUAUUAUGCUUGCUGAUGGAAACACGUACAUUAUAUAUCAAGAUUAAUAACAACAUGAACUUAAAA